CAAAUUCCAACUACGAGUUUACUCUGAGCUAAGAAAAAGAAGCGAGACGAACACUCGCGCGCUCCACACCCUUUUAUUCACUCCAAGAGCUCGAAAACUCGUAUAUCCAUUGGUCAACCUUUGUCUGUGCUCUUAACUGUCCAAUAGAAAAGCUAGCUCCUUUUGGUGCCCAAUAAGCAUGCAGCGUGUGGUUUCACCCAAUAGUAAACAAGCUUCUAGAUGUCGCUUAUUGGUAUCUUUUUUUUCUAAGCAAGUCUGAGCCAAUAGGGAACUGAGAACUUCAAGCUGCUUAUUAGCAUGGCAGUCUUAUAAAUAGAGACCGCUCAUUCUGGUCUCACUACUUUUCUGACUUGAUUUGUUGAUUGAGAGAGGUUUAGGUUUAUCAUGCCAGAACCAGCGAAAUCAGCGCCUGCGCCCAAGAAAGGCUCUAAGAAAGCCGUGACUAAGACCCAGAAGAAGGGGGACAAGAAGCGCAAGAAGAGCAGGAAGGAGAGCUACUCCAUCUACGUCUACAAGGUGCUGAAGCAGGUCCACCCCGACACCGGCAUCUCCUCUAAGGCCAUGAGCAUCAUGAACUCCUUCGUCAAUGACAUCUUCGAACGCAUCGCGGGUGAAGCCUCCCGCCUGGCCCACUACAACAAGCGCUCCACCAUCACUUCCCGGGAGAUCCAGACGGCCGUGCGCCUCUUGCUGCCGGGAGAGUUGGCCAAGCACGCUGUGUCUGAAGGCACCAAGGCGGUCACCAAGUACACCAGCUCCAAGUAAUUCUUUCCUGGUGAAAGCCUCUAUUCAGGACCCAAAGGCUCUUUUAAGAGCCACCCAA